CCGCCCUCGCGCGAGGGAGGGAGGCUUGGCCCUUGCGGGCGCCCGUCGGCCGCCGCCCCCCGCCCCGCGCCAUGGCGGCCUUCGGGCGGUGGAAGGCGCAGCGCUUGGCGCGCGCGGACGCCAGCCGUAAGGGCGCUCUGGACGAGCGCGCGGCGCCCGUGGUGCGGCUGCUGAACGGCCGGGCGCGGUUCUGCACCACCAGCUCCUGCGCGGGCCGCCUGGUGCUGGCGCAGGGCGGCGCCGCGGAGGACGCCGAGCGCCGCGGGGCGCCGAAGAAGGGCUGCGCGUGGCUGCUGGUGACGCACGAGCCGUGCCGCCGCGACGAGCUGAUGACAGCACUAGAAAAAGCCACUGGUGAUGUUGUGUUCAAGUUUGAACCAUUUGUUCUUCACGUGCUUUGUCGAGAGCUGCAAGAUGCACAGCUUCUGCAUUCAGUGGCUAUUGAUUCUGGGUUUAAGAACUCUGGUAUUACCGUUGGCAGAGGAGGAAAAAUUAUGAUGGCUGUCCGGAGUACUCACUGCUUAGAAGUUCCAUUGAGCCACAUGGGGAAGUUGAUGGUCUCUGAAGAAUAUAUCGAAUUUCUGAUACACGUGGCUAAUCGGAAAAUGGAAGAAAACACAAGGAGGAUUGACAGCAUUGUGGCAUCACAGAGAAAAGUGGAACGACAUACCCAAGGACACAUGCUUGUAUUUCUCAUUUUUCUUCCAGAAUUGGCUAGACCGUUUCAACAUUAAUUCUACAAAUGCUUACGGUUAGCUUUGGAGGCAGACAGUGCAAACAACUUGCCUUCUGAGGAGACGGAGAAGUAUCACUCGGUGUACGUUCACAGAAGAAAGAGAAAGACCAUUCAAGAACAAGAUGUACACACCUCUCCAAAGGAUCAUAGUGAAGAAUUAGAGCCUGAGGAUGAUCCAGAUAGUAACCUUGGUAUUUUUGCUGAAACCAUGAUGUAGACUAAGGCAUUUGAAAGCAAAUGGCAAACUGGAUGAUAAUUACAAUGUUCUUUAUAAGAGACAGAAAUUGCUCUAAGUAGUAACACUCCCAUGGACAUUACCAGAAAGAAAAUUAAUUAAACAGAAUUGUGGACAGAUGUAAUGCCAUAGAAGCACAGGAAACAAAACCUCAAUGUUGUUUUUUUGGUUUUUUGUUGUUGUUGUUAAUAGCAUUGUUGAAUUAACAUUCUCUUACUGUGUUUGUCAGUUAUCACAGAAGUAACUGGUUUGCUAUAGCCUUUGGCCCUGUUCUUUAUAGAAGCAUUUCCCUUUCAAUUGCUGGGUUUAGGCCUGCUGAUUUUUUUUCAUAGGAGAGACUCUAAAAACUUUGUUAUCCUUGAAACUUUUUAGACGCUGUUGGAACUCAGAAAAGUGUGCAGCAAUGUAGAUGGCCCUUUCAGAAAACACAGCCACUCAUUAGUCAGCUGAAGUACAGUACCCAGUCUGGAGGUUAGUACAGAAAAGAAAAACUUAAGUAUGGCUGCAUGCAGACUUCAGCCUUGUGCCUCCAGCAUCCCGUCCUAACUAUUGCACUGAGCAGCAAGGUUGGCAUUGUUUUCCUGCACUUGCUCUUUCAGGCUCCAGCCCCACUGUGUUCACCUGUUCUGCUUCCCUUGGCCAGCAGCUAUUGAGUGUUACUUUUCUUUGCAUCUUUUAGCCAACUCUUUAAACUGUUAUUUCAUUAACUCACUUAGAAACAUUUCUAUCUGGUCAGCACCCAGCAUCAGUCCAAACUGUUGGGCAAAAAGUCAACCAAGUAUAUGCGAACAGGCUUUCUUACCAGGGUAUAAAAUACUGGCAUGCCUUAAAUGUUACAGAUGUUUGCACUGUUUAAUCUGUAUAUAUUCCUGUAUUGUAGCUCUGAAAAAGUCAGUGCAUACUGGAGUUUAUUUUACAGAAAAAUGAUGAAUUUGUAAAUUUUAGCAA